AUAUGCCCUGCGUGCAAGCCCAGUAUAGCCCUUCGCCUCCAGGUUCCAGUUAUGCAGCGCAGACCUACAGCUCAGAGUACACCGCGGAGAUCAUGAACCCCGACUACACCAAGCUGACGGCCAUGGACUUCGGCAGCACGGACAUCACGGCCAGGGCCACCACGUCCCUGCCCAGCUUCAGUACCUUCGUGGAGGGCUACCACGAAGUCAAGCCCUCCUGCCAGUACCAAAUGCAGCCCCCCGGGCCGCGACCCUUGAUCAAGGUGGAGGAGGGCCACCCGCACAGCUAUCCCCAUCUCCCCCACCACCACCACCACCAUCACCACCACCACCACCACCACCAGCAACCGCCGCAGCAGCAAGAGCCAUCCAUUCCGCCCUCCUCCGGGCCGGAGGACGAGGUGCUGCCCAGCACGUCCAUGUACUUCAAGCAGUCCCCGCCGUCCACCCCCACCACGCCGGGCUUCCCCCCGCAGGCGGGGGCGCUGUGGGAGGACGCGCUGCCCUCGGCGCAGGGCUGCCUGGCGCCCGGCCCGCUGCUCGACCCGCCGAUGAAGGCGUUGUCCGGCGCGCGCCUCCCGCUCUUCCACUUCAAGCCCUCGCCGCCGCACCCGCCGGCGCCCAGCCCGGCCGGCGGCCACCAUCUCCGCUACGACCCGACGGCCGCCGCCGCCGCCGCCGCCGCCGCGGGCAGCCAGGCCGCCGCGCUCGAGGGCCACCUCUACGGGCUGCCGCUGCCCAAGCGGGCCGCCGCGCUGGCCUUCCCGCCGCUCAACCUCACGGCCUCCCCCACCGCGUCCAGCCUGCUCGGGGAGAGCCCCAGCCUGCCGUCGCCGCCCAUCAGGAGCUCAUCCUCCGGCGAGGGCACCUGCGCCGUGUGCGGGGACAACGCCGCCUGCCAGCACUACGGCGUCCGCACCUGCGAGGGCUGCAAGGGCUUCUUCAAGAGAACGGUGCAGAAAAAUGCUAAAUAUGUUUGCCUGGCAAAUAAAAACUGCCCUGUAGACAAGAGACGUCGAAACCGAUGUCAGUACUGUCGUUUUCAGAAGUGUCUCAGUGUCGGAAUGGUUAAAGAAGUUGUCCGUACAGAUAGUCUGAAGGGGAGGAGAGGUCGGCUGCCUUCAAAACCAAAGAGCCCAUUACAGCAGGAACCUUCUCAGCCCUCUCCACCUUCUCCUCCGAGCUGUAUGAUGAAUGCCCUUGUCCGAGCUUUAACAGACUCAACGCCCAGAGAACUUGAUUAUUCCAGAUACUGUCCCUCUGACCAGGCCGCUGCAGGCACAGAUGCUGAGCAUGUACAGCAGUUCUACAACCUUCUGACAGCCUCCAUUGACGUAUCCAGAAGCUGGGCAGAAAAGAUCCCUGGAUUUACUGAUCUCCCCAAAGAAGAUCAGACAUUACUUAUAGAAUCAGCCUUUUUGGAGCUGUUUGUUCUCAGACUUUCCAUCAGGUCAAACACUGCUGAAGAUAAGUUUGUGUUCUGCAAUGGACUUGUCCUGCACCGACUUCAGUGCCUUCGUGGAUUUGGGGAGUGGCUCGACUCCAUUAAAGACUUUUCCUUAAGUUUGCAGAGCCUGAACCUUGAUAUCCAAGCCUUAGCAUGCCUGUCAGCGCUGAGCAUGAUCACAGAACGACAUGGGUUAAAAGAACCAAAGAGAGUGGAGGAGCUAUGCCACAAGAUCACAAGCAGCUUGAAAGACCACCAGAGUAAGGGACAGGCCUUGGAGCCCACGGAGCCCAAGGUCCUGGGUGCCCUGGUAGAACUGCGGAAGAUCUGCACCCUGGGUCUCCAGCGCAUCUUCUACCUGAAGCUGGAAGACUUGGUGUCUCCACCUUCCAUCAUCGACAAGCUCUUCCUGGACACCCUGCCUUUCUGAGGAGGAGCCGCCUCAUCUGCUAGCGCCUGCUUGCUGAGCAGCAGAGGGAGGGGUCUGGACACCUACCAUUCCUGUCCUUCCUUCAGAGAAAAAGCAGCUCCUGACAAAAUGAAAGACUUUUUUUUUUUUUUUUUCUGGCACUUUUCCUUACAACCCAAAGCCAGAAAACUUGCAGAGUAUUGUGUUGGGGUUGUGUUUU